GGUAAAAGGUUUAUUUUUAAAAACAAAGAAUAACACAAAGUUAGCUUUUGCCAUUGGCAAAGACGCAAAUUUGCUUAUUCAUAUAAGCCUUGACGACGUCAUCGCCAUGCAAAUUUUGACGUGUUGCUUAAAUAUGUUCCAUAAAACGUCAAACAAACGAAAAUCACGUCUUGGCCUCGAAGGUUUGAAGCUUAUAGGAGAUUAAACUCACUGUCAAGUAUGUCUUUAGUUGGCUUCAGUUAAGGUUGCAUUGCCAUUGUAUAAUUGUUUCUGAAGCCAAGUUUACUUCUCAUUGCAUGCAUGUGUAGGCGGAAGUUUCCUUGUAUUACAGCAGUGUCGAAGAUUUUGCCGUCUCAGCUAUGAGCGGGAAAAGAAUCUGGUCAGUCUUGAAAAAGACCGUCUCAAAUAAAUAUGAAGAAACAAGAAAGCAAGAGAUUGAAUCUCUCGCCGAAGCUGAUCCAGAACUUUGUAUUCGUCUCAUAACAAAGCCAACUGUACAAAAUUAUGCAGGGAUAAAAUCAAGAAUACAGAAGUGUACGUUAGAAUGGAUGGAGGAAUUCUUAAAACUUGGAGGACUCGAGGCAUUAUUUUUAUCACUAGAACGACUGAGUGAUAAAAGUGUGUGUAGUUUUGUCGACGCAUUUAUUCAAUUGGAAGCUGUCCAAUGUAUCAAAGCCGUGAUGAAUUCUAAAGCCGGACUCGAGUAUAUGAUCGAAAGUCAAAACUUUACCAGAGAGUUGACAACAGUCCUAGAUAAUCAAAAUACAAUGGUUAAAAAGCAAGUGUUUGAAUUGUUGUCCGCGUUAUGUUUAUACUGUCCCAGAGGAUACUCUCUGGCAUUGGAUGCACUUGAAAACUAUCGGUCAAGAAACGGCCAACGUUAUCGCUUCAGUGUUGUGAUUAAUGAAAUGAAACACGUUGAAAUCAUUCCAUACGUGACGUCAUGCGUUGCAUUUGUGAAUGCAAUAAUAAUGUCCACUGAUGACUUUCAAGAACGCGUGAAAUUAAGAAACGAGUUUAUUGGCCUUGGUUUAUUAGAGGAAUUAAAUGUACUCAAAAAUGAAGAAGAUGACGAUUUACUGCUGCAGAUUGAUGUUUUUGAAAGUCAACGUCUUAAUGACGAAGAUGAAUUUGGUGGCGAAAUUAAUUUAAACAAUCACAAUGACGUUUUCCAAGCCUUAUUUCAAAAGAUAUCAAGUAAACCAUGCGCAAUGAAUUUUUUGAACAUUCUCCAAUCAUUGUUAACUCUGGAUGACGAUAAUGAAGUAACAGACCGAAAAUGGGAACUGAUCGAAAACUUGAUAACAAAGAUUUCUUUGGUACAAGAUCUUAAUAAGAUGAAUAUGAUGGCAAAAGAUCAAGAGAUGAUUGUUUUGAGGCAAUCCUCUGAUAGUCCUAAAAAAGAAGAUAAACGUUCAAUUACUAAUACUAAUAAUGUUGGAUCGCAAACAGAACCCUCAACCCAGGAACAGGAAUUGAAAAACCCUUCUGUUGACGUAGAAAGUAAAUCAUCGACAUCAAUUUCCGCGCCUACUUUACUGAAAACACCAGAAGUUCCACCACCACCCCCUCUUCCUGGCGCAUCAGAAAUUCCUCCCCCACCUCCUCUCCCUGGACUACCUGGAAUUCCGCCCCCACCUCCUCUCCCUGGGACAACAGGAAUUCCUCCUCCACCUCCUCUCCCUGGAGUACCGGGAAUUCCUCCUGCACCUCCUCCCCCUGGGACACCAGGAAUUCCUCCUCCACCUCCUCUCCCUGGGGCACCAGGAAUUCCUCCUCCACCUCCUCUACCUGGAGCUCCUGGGAUUCCACCGCCACCUCCUCUUCCUGGGACGACAGGAAUCCCUUUCCCACCUCCACUACCUGGUGGAGCAGGCAUUCCACCACCACCCCCUAUCCCCGGUGCACCAGGUGUUCCACCCCCUCCACCUGGUGUUCCUGGUGUUCCACCACCUCCUGGAUUUGGUUCGGCAAUUCAGGCAACGACUGCAGCGCCACCAAUUCGACCGAAAUCUAAAAUGCGAACAUUGCAGUGGGCAAAGAUUCCUCCAAUGAUCGUUAAUAAGAAUUACAAGAAUGUAUGGAUUCAAGUGGGAAAAUUAGCGCCGAUUCAAGCCAAGUUUGAACUUGGGGAAGAAUUGUUUUGUCAGAAAACAAGAAAAGUUGAUGCUAAGAAAGAUGAUAACAAGAAAAAGGAACCUAAAGUCAUCAGCCUCCUGGACCCCAAACAAAGUCUAAACAUAAAUAUAUUUCUCAAUCAGUUUAAAAGACCAGUCGCAGAAAUAACCGGCAGUAUUCGUGCAGGGGAUAGCAAAGCAUUUGAUCCUGAUGCCUUGAAAGGAUUUCUAAAAAUAUUACCAGAUACCACUACGGUUGGCAUGCUGAAAGAUUUCAAAGGUGACAAGAAUAAACUAGGAAAUGCGGAAAAGUUUCUCCUAGCUUUGAUUGUAGUACCUCAUUACAAACUACGCUUGGAAGGAAUGAUUGCUAAGGAAGAGUUCAAAUCAACUGUUGACAUGCUGAAUGAAAAGAUUGAUGUAUUGCUUCAUGCCACGGAAGAUAUCCUAAAUAACGAAGUGUUGCCUGAGAUACUUCAUCUCAUAUUAACCAUUGGAAACUUCAUGAACUCGGGUGGUCGUGCAGGUAACGCUAUUGGAUUCAAAAUCAACUCAAUAACAAAGCUAGUUGAUACAAAAGCCAACAAACCCAGGAUGAAUCUUAUGCACUUCUUAGUCGAGGUGGCAGAAGAAAAACAAUCGAGUGUUUUAUCAUUUUCAGAAAAUAUGAAGUACUUAACGGAUGCCUCUAAGCUGAAUGUCGAUAACCUCUCUGGUGAAUUAUCCACACUACGCAAAAGUCUUAGUUCAUUACAAAAAUCAAUGGAGAAAGGAGACGAAGAUGUGAAGAAUCAACUUGGUACUUUUCUAAAGGAUGCUAUGAAGGAAGUGGAGGCAGUUGAACAGAAAUUAAAGCGACUAAGUAAACUAAAACAAGAUCUUGCCGAGUAUUUUUGUGAAGAUGAAAGCAAAUUUAAAUUGGAAGAUCUCUUGGUGAUUUUCAAAACAUUCUGUGAUCAUCUGGAUAAAGCAAAAGAGGAAAACGAAUUACGUCGUAAACAAGAAGCAAAACAAGCAGAACGUGAGAGAAGGAAGAAGGAAGCAGAAAGUAAAGGAAAAAAUAAAAUCAAAGGAAAACCUAAACCCGUCAUACAAGAAGAGGAAUGUAUCAUUGACAACUUACUCAAAGAAAUAAGACAGGGUUUCCAGUUAAAAAAACGAAAAUUAUCUUCUGCUGCUGCCAUCUCGCCUGACCAGAAUAGAAAACUGUCCAGGACGGUGAUGCAAGAGGGCAAGCUAGCAGCGGAAGUCUCGAAAAAAGAAUCAAGAAAUGAACAUGCAACUAUCCCAGAGGAAGAAGCUCCUGAUGCCAAGUCUCCUGGUAAAAGCGAGGAAAAGGUUUUAGAUUUGGACCAAAUAAAUUUGAUAUCACCUGAAGACAAGAAAGAAUCAGAAAAAACCUCUAAUCACGUUUCAUUAAAUCCUAAUGGGCAAACGUCUCCUCUGUUAAAUGAAACUAAAUUCUCAGAAAAUGGAGAAGAUUCAACCGUUGAAGUAAAAAAUUCUAUCGAUGAUAUCAUAGUUGAAAAGCCAUCUGUGAAUGGAGAUAACGUUAAAAAAACGCGCAAAAACGGUGUUUUUGCCCAACAAACGUUAAUAAACGAUGACAUUAUAAAAGCCACAAAGAAUGAUUCAAGAAAAAUCGAAACACACAGUCAACGCAAAGGACACGAACAACUGCAUUGUUUGGAAACUGCGAUUUCAGUGCAGUCGUGAAAGCCUUCCUGCAUGGUCGAUAGUUUACAGAAAACAGAUUUUUGCAUGACUUUUUAAGCUUGAAUUUAAAUUUCUUAAAAGUCUUCGAAGUGAUCGUGGCAAUGGUUGGCUUUUGUUCACUUUAAACUGAUGUAGACCAUAACAAGUGUGAAUUACAUUUGUGUUGGUUACCAUUGGUUAUUUUAUAAGCAACAGUGAACGGUGGAUUUUAAGGUCUUACGUGUGAGAGCAGUCAGCGAAAACAAAAUCUUAGGCAUAUAAUAAAGAAGAGGUAGUAUAAUUUUUACUAGUGCAUGAUAAAAAUAAUAUUUAAUUUUACACCUAAUGAAUAGUACUUUGCAAAUGAGUGUUAACACUUUGAUAUUUGGAUGAUUUUAUUUAUAUUACAGCAUAUAGUAACUGAAAUCAUUGCUUUUUACUAUUUUA